GUUGACACAAGGUUCUCUCUUUCCUUUAGUUUCUCUCCUAACUUUUGUUUUAUAAUGGAUCAACGUUUUCCAACGAGUGUGCGCGUCAUCGGAGUGAUGCACAAGGAGAAAUCUAAGAUGUUUAUGGCUUCUGUGAUCUGGUCAGACAGAAAUGAAGUGGUCAUCUACAGGUCCUUCCAAGACUUCAAGAAACUCCAUAAACAACUGAAAAAGAAGAUUCCCACCCAAAAUCCAUUUCGCAAAGCAGACAGAGUUCUUCCCAGAUUUAGAGUGGUGAAGAAGAACUUUCAGAAGAAAGGUUCCAAUAAGAGUCUGCUGCGGGUGAAGGCCCUGGAGAAGUACUGCACGGAGCUCCUGCAGUGUGACACCAGCGUCAGCCAGAGUUCAGAGGUCGUCCAGUUCUUUCACCCCAAAGACCACGACCUGGAGCCGGAGUUUCCCAAAAACAGCAUCAUGAUCGUGCCCUCAGAUGACCUCUCGGAGGGGGUGUCGGAGCUGCAGGAGAAGCGCCUGAGCAUGGGCAACAUCACACAGCCGUUCAUGAGCCAGAGCUACCGCGCCGUGGCCCCCUACGAGACCAAGGACACCAAGAGCAGGCCCUUCAAGGUCACCGUCAACGAAACCCUGGACGUGCUCAUCAAGGACCCUAAAGGCUGGUGGCUGGUAGAGAAUGAACAGAAAUGUUUGGCCUGGUUCCCUGCCCCAUACCUGGAGCCCUGCGACGAGGAGCAAGAUGAAUACCGUGACACUUUCUCUGAAGAUAUGCUGUACUGCGCUGCGAGGAACUACGUCUCCAAGAACAGGGAUGAGGUGUCAGUCAGCAUGGGAGCUGUGGUGGAGGUCUUGCGCAAGUCUGAUGAUGGCUGGUGGCUUAUCAGACACGACAACAGAGUUGGCUACGUGCCCUCCAUGUACCUGCAGCCCUACAACAACCCCUUACUCGGCCUCCAGAAGAAGCUUCACAACUCCACAUUCAACCUGUCCGCCCUCGCCAGCACCACCACGCCCAUGAGCUCCAGGAACGCCACCCCACAGCCCCCCACCAUGAUGCCCAGGCCAGGCCACCUGAACCCCCUCAGCAGCCGCUCACGCUCCCUUGCCGACCUUCUGGAGCCCCGGGCACCACACGUGCAUGGCGCCAACACCAGGAUGCCCGCCACCGCCACAGGGCCGUUGGGUGAGGAAGGCGAGGGCGCAGGGGGCGCCGUGGCAGGUGGCAGCCGCAAGAGCAGCAUCAGCACGGGCAGCGCCGAGACCGACUUCAGCUUCAGCUCCUCCGGCAGCUCGGACGCCGAGGCCCAGACCCAGACCCAGCAGCAGGGGACGACAGCCAGGGAGGCUUCUCCCGUGCAGGCCCAGGUCGUGGCUGCUGCCUCUAGGCCUGACACUCCAGCUAGCUCUGGUGGCGGUCCCAGCACCAGCAGAUCCUCCUCCCCUGCUGGUGGCAUUAAUGGUGGUGGUGGUGGUGGUGGCAACAGCAGUCCCACUGCUAGAACCCCAGCUCUGGCUGUCGCGGCUGCUGCUGCUGCUGCUCCCAGGGUGCCCCCCAGGCCCCAGGCACAGGAGAUCUUUGCCCGCUGCACCACCUACACCCGCAAGGCCGCCAUGGCCUCCCGGGCACGGCUCAUGCCACAGCAGAUGCAGAUCCCCACUCGCUAACUACUAGCGUGAGACAGUUGAGCUAGCGCUAGAGCACAGUUGAUGCUACAGUACAGCAAGUUGAGAUUCCCACACGCUAGCUAGCGCAAGAUAGCUGAGCUAA